AUGGCCAACGAUAUUGAGACAAACUUCCAGGCCGCCAUCGAUACGGGCAAGAUCCACGGCGCGGUGAUCUGUGCCAGCGAUGCAGAGGGCCAUUUCGUCUUUAACAAGGCAAUGGGCCAACGUACGUUGCUUUCGGGCAAAAAGCAGCCACAACAAGUCGAUGACGUGCUGUAUCUCGCCUCGGCGACGAAGAUACUCGCCGCCGUUGCUGCUCUUAAGUGUGUCGAUGAUGGCCUUUUAACUCUUGAUGGCGAUCUGUCGUCUAUUGCGCCCGAGCUUUCUGAGAAACAAGUCAUCACUGGCUUCUCCGAAGAUGGCCAAACUCCAAUACUUGAGCCGGCUAACCGCCCGAUUACGCUGAAGAUGCUCCUCACCCAUAGCUCAGGGCUCUGCUACCAUUUUGCGAACCCACUUGUCGCUCAGUGGCGCGAAAAGUUUGCUGCGUCUGAAGAGGGCAGCCGUCGAACGGUUGAAGAGCUUUUCUGCUACCCGCUCGGCUUUCAACCUGGGAGCAGCUGGAUGUAUGGUCCUGGACUGGAUUGGGCCGGCCGCAUCGUGGAAAGAAUCACUGGUCUCACGCUGUUGGAGUAUAUGCAGCUGCACAUCUUCGAUCCUCUGGGCAUUAAAGAUGUCCAAUUCUUUCCUGUCACUCGCGAAGACCUACGAGCUCGUCUCGUCAAUCUCACCCCAGAAGAUCCGGAUGCCCUCGGUCGGGCCGUGCUUGGUGGGGGCGGGGACAUGAACACGCGCACCCGCGGAGACUUUGGAGGCCACGGUCUGUUUAUGCCCGGUGAUGACUUCAUCAAGAUCCUUUGCUCGCUCCUGGCCAACGAUGAGAAGAUUUUGAAGUCCACAACUGUUGACAUCAUGUUCCAACCCCAUCUCAGCCCAGAAGCGACUACAGGCUACCAGGCCGCGCUAGCAAGCCCUAUGGGUCCCUUCUUCCGAGUAGGCACUGACCCUGGGACGAAAGUGGGUUAUGGUCUGAGCGGGUUGUUGACACUUGAAGAUGUAGAUGGCUGGUAUGGCGAUGGUACAUUGACUUGGGGUGGUGGGCUGACUUUGGCUUGGUUCAUCGACCGUAAAAAUGGAUUGUGCGGUGUUGGCGCUGUGCAAUCGGCACUGCCAGUUGACGGCGCACUGGUUACUGCCUUAAAACAAAUAUUCCGUCGUGAUAUAUAUCAUAAGUACGCUGCGUGGAAGCUGGGAGAGCAAAAUACCCUAUGA